UUUGCAGUUUGAUCCAACAAUAUAUAACAAUGGCUUCAAUCUGGAGAUGCUUUCUGCUGCUCACGACUGUCAGUUUUCUCGCCAAUGCACAAUCGUCCCGACAGCGAAACAAUGGGAUGGUCAGAUGUAAUAAGGAAAUUGGGAACAGCUUCAGUUCUUGUCAAGGAAAAUAUUGCUACAAAAUGCACACACCCGAUGAUACGACAGUCGAUGGAAUUGUGAAAAAAGGGUGCAUGAACGCAGCUGAUGCCCAAACUGAAGUUGGAAAAUGCACACGUCGACCGCUUGAAGAAGGUGGCGCUGAGUUGAUGUGUGUUUGUAACGAGAGAGAUUUCUGCAACUCUGCUUUACUUCAAUCUUUAACUAUUUCAUUCUUUGUUGUUUUUGUAGUCUUAGGUUUAGAUGUAUUUUAAAUUCAGCCCUAUUUUUUCAUCUUUUUCUCUGUACCAUUAUUACAAAUCGAUCUUUUUAUUUGUUAACACAGAUUUUGUUACACUUACUUCAAAUUAAGACAGGCUCUUUAGAACGGGUUCCUAUUAUGUUCACUAUUUUAUUUUAAACAAUAUUAGUUGCUAAUUUAUUUGUUAUUGGUGUCCUUGCUUUUGCUCAUUCUUUCUACUUACACUGUGAUAAUCAUACAAUUAAUAAAUAGUUCAACUUGUAUAAAAAUGGAAACCCAGUUUCCAAAAAAAGUAAAUGAAGUUCGACGAUGAU